UAGACGAGGACAGGAGCACACUGCAGGGAAGUGAAGACGGCAAACGUGGUUGCCCAAGUCCUUCAUACCGGUGUCGUAACAGUGCCUAAUGUGCCAGCCAGUGAGUCAGUGAGUGUGUAUAUCCAAUCUAGAACAAUAACUUGUAACGUUUUUGACAGUUGAUAGUGUGACGUCACUUCCCUCGCUACAGUUUCCAGGGAGAGUCGACAGAGAGGUCAAGGGACAACGAGGUCACGUGGAUCUGGUGACCUUACUGACGUCAAAAGGUGUGCACAAAGGCUAGGCAAGACACAGGAAAACACAGAGGGCGGGCCGCACAAAGACCCUUCCUACAUCAGACAGCUCAGUGCAACUAGCCUGUGCGAGAAGUCAGCGAGUCUUGCAUCGAGGUCUGAGUCAAGUCGAGGCCGCACAAGACCCGGAUUUGAACCGCGGCCAUCAAGAAGUGCACAGACAAGAGCACGUCGUUUCAUGACUGAUGUGUGUUGUGAAGUGACAACGGUGUGCUUAUUGUUUACGAUCCUCUAUGCGUUGAAUCAACCGUGUUGUGUUUAGAAUAGACAAGUUGUGCUCCAAAAUAUAGACAAUAAAUGAUAAUAAUUGUCUUCUUCUAUAGUCGAAAUUGUCAAAGACGCCCAUCCGUAGUCGAGAAAAAAAGUGGUCGUCUGAGACAGGUGGACUUCAUACACAUUGUUAACAGUAUUAUUUUUCUGAACUCCUCACUUUUCACCCACCGGACCUCAGUGACUUUUGACCUUUCACCCAGAGCGACCCGGGCAGCAUAGAAGAGGAGAGGAGACAAAUUCCCCCCCCCCUCCUUUUCCCCCCCGAUCCACCCACCGCCCGCCCCCCGUCCAGUAUGAAGAGCCUGGUGUACGUCCACAAGAGGGGCAACGCCCCCUGCCUGCUGACCGCCCUCCUGUUGGUGGCUGCCGGGGCCUUCCUCACGCUCUUCUCGCUGGGCUUCAACACCGCCAGACACUCAGAACACACUCAGCGCCGGACACAGACAGACGAUCUGACGUCAUACUAUGCGUCACACAAGGCGUACAGCGGCGGCGAUGAAGUCAGAAAAAACCUGGUGGCCGAGUGCACCGAAGAGACGUGUCGGCCGCCCGCCUGCGUCUGUGCCAGGACCUCCCACCCGGGAAGUUUCCCGCUCCGCGAGGUUCCCAUGAUGGUCAUGCUGUCCUUUGAUGACCACGUCAACAACCUCAACUUCCACCACGUGCAGUCCCUCUUGGACCGUCGGUGGAAGAACCCCAACAAAUGUCCAGCGACCUUCACCUUCUUCAGCUGUGACGUAGCCACUAACUACAGCUAUGUGAGGAAACUGCACACAUUAGGUACCCCUCAACCUGUACGACUGUUUCAACGGUAAGGGUGGUUACUUCAUGCUGGACCAGUGCCCCAUGAGAAACAACACACACGAGAUACUGGGGUAUCUGUGGAGGCAUUUUGCCUACCACUACCGCAGCAGAGCCCCCAUGGGUCUAUUCAUGCACGUGAACUGGUUCAACCUGAACUCUGCCAGCCAUGAGGCGCUGACCACCUUCCUUGACCAACUGUCAAUCAUGCCAGAGGUGUGGCUACUCUCUGUGUCACAGGUGAUCCAGUGGAUAGAGCAACCCACGCCCAUCUCCGAGCUCAAACGAUUCAAACCCUGGGGCUGUUAGCUUACCUCUGACCCUCUGUUUGUUACAGUUUGUUUCCUUUUUGUUGGCUUGUCCUUCUUGUUGUUUAUGUCAAUAUGUUGUUAUUGUUGUUGCUGCUGUUGUUGUU